AGUCGGCUAAACAACAACGAUAUUUACGUACUUUGCAACUGAGUUUUAAAAUAUUAAAAAAAUAAAUAAAUUUUAAAGAUAUUAUUUGUUAGAAUAAAGAAAAAAAAAAACAAAAUCAAUUAAAAUGAAGUGUUGUUGUUGCAGUGGUUAUACUUGUGGCAUUAUCCUUGGUUCGAUUAAUCUUGUCUUCAGCUUAUUGGGCUUUAUUCUACAAUGUGUGUUUUUCAACGCCUAUAAAGAUAUUAAGGAUCCUGAACGUAGUAAAGAUGCUAAAACAGAUGCAAUCCUAACAUUGGUGGCAACUAUUUUGACGGCCCUUGUAUCUGGUUUAUUCAUUUUUGCCAUUGUCAAGAGAAAAUACAAAAUGAUGGUACCCUGGCUGGUACUUUGUGUCUGCAAUUUAGCUCUCAGUCUAAAAUUUUUCAUUAUUGCGAUCAUUGAUUCAACUAAGGGUAAAACUGAUGGAGAAGAAACUGCCGUUACAAUUGCAACCAGUCUGAUAGUAAUUACUAUUCAAUUUGUUAUCUACUGGUUCAGUUAUAAGUUAUAUAAGGAAAUGAAAGAGGAAUUUAAUAGAAAUCCAGUAAGUACAUCGGAAGAUUAUUAGAAUCGUUUGUCUCGAUUUAAUUGAUGAAGAAUGUUCUACAUUGUAUUGAAAACUCUUAUUGAUAAUUCAAAAAAAGUUUUAUGUAUUACAACAGAAAUUGUGAAUUUAAUCUAUAAACUUUGUUAAAUUUUAAUUAAUAAGUUUUAUAUCUAUUAAAUAUCUUUGA